CAACGUCGCCGAGAUGAUUCGUGGAGAGACGCCUCUGAUGAUGGUGGUGAGGGAGAGCGAGGAGGCGGUGGUGCAGAUGCUGCUCUCACACGGUGCCGACGCCAACGCCGCGGACUCGUACGGACAGACCUCCCUGUUCCACGCGGCUUACUCUGGCCAGCUGAACAUCAUGCACCUGCUACUGGAGGCUGCAGCCAAGCCCAACGUCGCUGAUACGGAGAGCGGGAAGACGCUGUUGAUGAAGGCGGUAAAGGAGGGCGAGGAGGCGGCGGUGCGGAUGCUGCUCUCACACGGCGCCGACGCCAACGCCGCAGACUUGCACGGACAGACCAUCCUGUACCACGCAGCUUGCUUUGGCCGGUUGGACAUUGUGCGCCUGCUACUGGAGGCCGGCGCCGACGCCAACGCCGUGGACUCGUACGGACGGGCUACCCUGUACCCCGCGGCUUGCUUUGGCCGGCUGGACAUCAUGCGCCUGCUACUGGAGGCCGGUGCCAACCCCAACGUCGCCGAUACGCAGACCGGGAAGACGCCGCUGAUGAUGGCGGCGUGGAAGGACAAGGAGGCGGCGGUGUGGAUGCUACUCUCACACGGCGCCGACACCACCGACUCGCAAAGACUGACCACCCUGUACAACGCGGCUUGCUACAGGCAACUUGAGAUCAUGCGCAUGCUACUGGAGGCCGGCGCCGACGCCAACGCCGCGGACUCGUACGGAGUCACCUCCUUGCACAUCGCGGCUCGCUCUGGCCAGCUGUACAUCAAUAGCAUGAUGGGGAGGGGCUACGCAAACCUCAACGUCGUCACGACGGAAGAAAGGGGGUGUUUCAGCGUGUUGCACUACUCCUGUGAUCGACCUCGAACCGAGAUGAUUGCUCUCCUCUUGAAACACGGAGCUGACCCGAACCUCGUCGAUUGUAACAAGAUGAUGCCACUGGCUAUAAUAGGCAGCGAGGCAGAGCUGAGAUGCACCAGAAUGAGUGAGCGAGGAUCAUUCGCAGCACCAGCAGAACAAGCGGGGUUAGCGGUACAAGCGGCGUCAGCUCUCCUACAGACGUGCGAGUCCGCCGGCGUACUUCUACAGGUUAACACACGCGACAGCGUGGGUGACACCCCACUGCACAGCAUCUGUAGGGCGAUGCUCGCAUGCAAAGAUGAUGUUUACGCGCGAGAGAGGGAUGGGUGGGUGCAGAUAGUGCACGCACUGCUGUUCAACCACGGCGCACACGUCGACGUGGUGAACGCACGGGGAGAGACAUCGUACGAACUCUGGCGCCGGAUUUACCUGACGCGUUUCCACUGCAACAUGCAGUCGAGCGACGAGAUACAUGGCAGAAUGAGCGCGCAGUAUCAUUCGCUGGAGUGCUACUGCGCGCGCGUUAUCGUCAGACACAGCGUUGCAUACGAGAACAGGCUGCCUCCGAGUCUCAUAGAAUUUGUCAGGGCACACGCUAGACCAACGUAGGCGACACUAAGCGCGUUA